AUGACUCCUCCGGAAUAUUUGGCAGUGGAUGAGGCUGUUAUCCCAUUCAAAGGGCGUUCACGAGGGAAACAAUACCUAAAGAAGAAACCCAAAAAGUGGGGAUUUAAGGUUUGGGUAUUGGCUGCGUCCAAUGGAUAUGUAUCCAAAUUUGAAUUGUACCAAGGAAAAAGAGAUGAGGCUGGAACAGAUCUUGGUAUAAUAAGUGAUACGGUCCUAAGAAUGUGCUCAGGAAUUGGUGGCUUAAACCACAAACUUUUUCUUGAUAAUCUGUUUGUUAGCUAUAAGCUUCUAAAAAGACUGGUGGAAAAUGACAUCCAUGUUGUAGGAGUAGUAAGAUCUGACAGGCUUUAUGGAGCCAAUUCUGUCCUACCAGGGGCCAAAGAUUUUUCAAAAGAAGAAAGAGGACAGAUGAAUGUUGCUACUUCUGAAGACAAUAUUACCAUAUUACAGUGGAAAGACACAGGAGUGGUUUACGUAAGUUCAACGUAUGCAGGUAUCGAGCCCAAAGAUAAAGCAGAGAGGUGGGACAAAGUGGCUAAAAAAUACAUCAUGGUGGACAGACCCCACUGUGUGGCCAUAUACAAUCAAUUCAUGGGAGGAGUGGACCUCAGUGACAGGAUGGUUGCUCACUACCCUCAUGCUAUGAAAAGCAAACGAUUUUAUCUUCGGAUUUUCUUUUAUUUUCUCAACGUUGCUAUAGUUAAUGCAUGGAUUGUUCUAAAACUAAAAACGUCAUCUAACAUGUCAUUCUUGGAUUUUAAGGCAGCCAUAGCGAAUGCCUUGAUUAAGACCACUCUGAAAAAGAAAAGGGUUGGUCGACCACCCACUAAUACACCACCGUUAAAAAAAAGAUGUCGACCAGGUGUAAUAGGCGAUGUACGUUUCGAUGGUGAAGGGCACUAUCCUUCAAAGAGCGUUCCAGGGAGAUGCCGAGAGAAAAAUUGCAAGAGCCGAACAAGGUACAAGUGCAGUAAAUGUGAAGUUCCUGUGUGCCCUGAGUGUAUGGCGAACUUUCAUGACAGAAGCCUUUGA